UAAACAUUCCUUACAUCACAAUGACACAAUUAGCGUACGUGACAAUCCAGUCGUUUGUUGACUCGUCGUUCUUCACACGUCUCUCGGAGCUCAAGAUCAACGAGUACAAACUCGAGUCCAAACCGCAGUUGAUAUUUGGCUCCCUUACCGAUCCUCAGAAACUCACAAAGUUCAAUAACGUGCCCAUCUUGAACCUUGAUUACAAUUCUUUUGAAAAGCAGGACCAUCACAAUAUAAGCGGUUAUAUCCAUAAUGUGAACACAAUUGAGGAAUUCAAGUCGGUUGGGAAGCAGCAGUUGAUGCUGGAAUGGGGUCAACAAUUGGUGUCUCAAUUGGCCGAUGGCAAUGACCAGGGUCAAUUCCACAUUUUAUCUUUUGCAGACUUGAAGAAGUACAAGUUCUACUAUUGGGUGGCCUAUCCCACCGCAAACAGUGAUUGGGUAGUUGAAGAGCAGGGUACCAGUAGUUUUGAAUUUGACUUUUCCCAUCAGUUCACGAAAGUCUCCGAAUCAGAAUACGCUUUUAUCGAUAACUGCCUUGAUAGCCGGAUUUCAAGUCAGUUAAAGAACAAUCUUACAGUGUUGGCCUUGAAAGGUGUCGAAAAGGUUCGUGUCCAUGUUUUCAAGAAAGAGGGUCUGGUAUUUUAUGAUUUAAAACUUAAAGAGCCAGUUAGCAAAGAGUCUCUCAAAGUCACGGGGUGGGAACGUACGAGCCAGGGGAAAUUGGGCCCUAAACUUGCAAAUCUCGGAUCAUUGAUCGACCCCCACCAGCUUGCCGAUCAGGCAGUCGACUUGAAUUUGAAGCUCAUGAAAUGGAGAAUUGCACCCAAUUUGAACCUAGACAUCAUAAAGGACCAAAAAGUAUUGCUCCUUGGGGCUGGAACUCUUGGAAGCUACGUAUCGCGUGCAUUACUUGGAUGGGGUGUCAGGAAAAUCACCUUUGUUGAUAAUGGCCGUAUAUCUUUUUCCAAUCCUGUCAGACAACCACUUUUCACAUUUAACGACUGUUUUGCAGACAAUGGCCAGGGAACAAAAAAAGCGGUUCGUGCUAGUCAAACCUUGAAAGAAGUAUUUCCUGGAGUAGAUUCGCAUGGUGUGGAAUUAGAGGUGCCUAUGGUAGGACAUGAGUCGAGUGAACAGAACUACAAUAAAUUGUGUGAGCUCUUCGAUAACCACGACGUGGUGUUCUUGCUAAUGGAUUCGCGCGAGUCUCGUUGGCUCCCCACCGUCCUUGGAUUAGCCAAGAACAAGCUCGUGAUCAAUGCCGCUCUAGGGUUCGACAGUUAUCUCGUAUUAAGACAUGGGACCCAGAAUCAGGACUUGGGGUGCUACUACUGCAACGAUGUGGUGGCCCCAAACGACAGUUUGACCGACCGGACGUUGGACCAGAUGUGUACAGUGACACGGCCGGGAGCGGCGUUGAUGGCGUCUUCAUUGGCUGUGGAGCUCAUGGUAUCGGUGCUACAAAGUGCUGAGGGUAAAGAUGCUAGUGCGAAUGAGACCGGAGUCUUGGGACAGAUUCCUCACCAAAUACGAGGAUUUUUGCACAAUUUUGAGCAGAUGAAACUCAUGACACCACGGUACCAGUUCUGCUCGGCCUGUUCUUCUCAAGUGGUGAACCGGUACAAGGAAGAAGGCUGGAGCUUCAUUCUGCGGUGUCUUUCUGACUCCAAGUUUUUAGAGGAUGUUUGUGGGUUGAAGAGGGUUCAGGAGGAUACAGAGCGGUUGGAUGAGCUUUUUGGGGACUUCGAUCUCGAGGAAGAAGAUGACGGGUUGCAGUAGGACGUUGAAUGAUCCUGAGAAGUGAAGGCCCACCCUGGGCAGGAGAGAUUAUCGAAGAUGUGGACGAAUUGGUUGUUAUCUAUCAGCACUGAUAACGUGUAGCAACUUAUAUAUUUAUGCAUACCAAUAGAACUUGCUUUUGUACUUGC